AUGGGUGUCUCUAGAGUAAUAACAGUACUAUUUACGCAGAAAAGCUACAAUGGUAGAAUUUGCCUGGAGAGCGAGGACACGGUGACUGUGCACGACGGUGCCAGCCCCGCAUCGCCGAGCGCAGCGGUGGCGUGCGCCGAGGCGUCGCAGCUGGAGGUGCUGUCCACGGGCUCUCACCUAUACGUGGAGCUGUCGGCUCGAGCGCGCUGGCCCGCGCAGGGCUUCCGUGCCACCUUCCACUUCCAGGAGGGACCGGAGGGUCAAGGCGGCACUGCCAGAGACGCCGCUGAGCCAGUGACGGCGCAGUGCGGCGCAACCAUCAGCAGCGACGGCGCCAGGAGCGGCACGGUGGGGGCGCCGGCGGGCAGCGCCGCGCACGCGCGCUGCCGCUUCGACUUCGAGGCGCGCGGCAGGCAGCGGGUGCGGCUGCUGCUCAGCGGCCUGCAGUCGCCGGCGGAGCGCGCGCGGUGUGACUCUGCAGAGACGGCUUCGGUGUACGUGUGGACGGACGGCCGGGUGGAGCAGCUGUGGAGCGGCUGCGCUGCCGGAAGCGAGCAGCAGCAGCUCAUGGCCAGCGGACCGCGCAUGCGCAUCGAGUUCCACGGCAGCCGGCCCGACACUGCCCUCAGCCUAGUAGCCCGAUACAGCUUCGUCAGCGACUUCGGGGUGAGCGCGCCGCACGGCCGCCAGCUGUCGUCGUGGCCGUGCGCCUUCUCCUUCAACGGCAGCGAGGCGGCCAGGGGCUACGUGACCAGCCCCAACUUCCCCGGACUCUACCCCAGGGACACCGAGUGCCACUUCUUCUUCCACGGCCGGCCCGGGCAGCGGAUCGCGUUACGCUUCGUCCAUUUCGACGUGGAGGGAGUGCAACCGUGUGAAGCGCUGUCAGCGAGCGACUACGUAGAGAUGUCCAACUACAGAGGCCGCGACUCGCGGUUCCCCAGGUACUGCGGCCAGCUGGAGCCGUUCGACGUGCUGUCCGACGGCAAGUACUUCCGGCUCACGUUCAAGUCCAACGGCCGCCUCGACGCCACAGGCUUCAACGUCACCUACCGAUUCCUGGGAGGCAACAGGGACUCCAGCCUCGCCAGGAGGCGCCAGACUGGCAGAGCCGCAGGAACUACAUCCCUCUGGCCGCUGAUUGUGUUCUGCUUGAAGUUCGUCUGCUAAGACAAGUUGUAUCAAUCGAGGCGUCUGUUUCACCAGUACUUCAACCAUUGAUCUCAGUACGCACAAGGACUCUAAGUACUUACGAAGUUGACAAUAGAAAAUGUCAGAAAAUUAGUUACGACGAAAUCGCUCAACAUUUAGGAGAAUGUGAUCUUUACAUAUAGAUUUUUAUACAGAAAUUUUAUAAAGAAAUUACCCUUGUGUAAAAAAAAGAAAUUGUAUAAUUUUUGACAAUCAAGUAAAAUAUAUAUUAA